UCAAAAAAGGGUAUCGCCGUAUCGGAUUUCGUCUUUUGGUUUGAAAAUAAGAGCCGGUACAGGGUACAGCUAAGGUUCCAAAACAACGAAGAAGACUGGAGUGAGGACCCUCUCUUCCACGCUAUUUUUUAACUGUGUAAGGUAGUGCAUGCUGUCGCUAGGGCUAUUAUGCGCUGGACGCUCAUGCCACCCAGACCGGAAUUUCAGAUCCAACAUUCUCGAUCUGAAAUCUUCUCCUACUCGCUCUAAUUAUAUUGUCACAGCACUGACACAACGGUUUUCCCGCCUUACUUGCCUUCGCGUUCUCUGCAAUAAUCGACGAGGUUUCAAGGAAGUGAGAGUGUCUUCACGUCUUCCUGGAGUGAAUCGGGCUUUCAUUGCAAUGGAGAAAGUUGAUUCUGUGCAAAAGCUUUACACAAGAAUGCGAUUAUGGGAGUUCCCAGAUCAGUAUGUUGUUGACCCAACUGAUGGUUCUACUGGUUCUAUUUUGUCUAUAAGUCGUGUGGAUGGAUCGAUGAAACUGAUUGAUGAGCUUCCUCAUUGCAACUCUGUUCAGGCUCCAAAAAUUCAAACUAUUUUUGGAGUAAUGGGGAUGUUGAAACUCUUGUCAGGGUCAUAUGUCUUAGUGAUAACAGGCUGCAAAAGUGUUGGGUCUUACUUGGGGCACCCAAUCUUCAAAGUUACAUCCAUAAAGAUUUUGCCAUGUGACCAUUCUCUAAAAAGUUCCUCAGUCGAACAGAAAAAGAUGGAGACUGAGUUUUCUGUGCUCCUAAAUGCUGCAGAAAGGACUUCUGGUUUGUACUUCUCCUAUGACGUGAACUUAACACUCAGCUCACAGCAGUUGCAUAAUUUGGGUGAUGAGUUAAGGCGGCUUCCUCUUUGGAGACAAGCAGAUCCUAGGUUUUUAUGGAAUAAUUAUAUGUUGGAAAUGCUCAUAGAGAACAAGCUUGAUCCGUAUUUGCUUCCUAUUAUCCAAGGGACCUUUCAGAACUUUCAAGCAGCAAUCGGCAAAGACACAAUGGAUGUUACUCUAAUUGCAAGAAGAUGCACAAGGAGAACUGGUACGCGGAUGUGGAGAAGAGGUGCUGAUUCAGAUGGUUAUGUUGCAAAUUUUAUGGAAAGUGAGCAGAUUGUGCAUGUGAAUGGAUUUACAGCAUCAUUUGUUCAGGUUCGAGGGUCUAUACCCCUGCUAUGGGAGCAAAUUGUUGAUUUGACAUAUAAGCCUAAGUUGGAGAUCGUGCAAUUUGAGAAGGCACCUCGAGUAGUUGAGCGACACUUUUUGGAUUUAAGAAAAAAUUAUGGGUGUGUCUUAGCUGUUGACCUUGUCAAUAAGCAUGGAAGUGAGGGCCGGUUGAAUGAAAAAUAUGCCAAUACAAUGCAACAUGUUAUAGGUGAUGAUAUAAGAUACAUGCAUUUCGAUUUUCAUCAGAUUUGUGGUCAUAUUCAUUUUGAGCGCCUCUCUAUCCUUUAUGAUCAAAUUGAGGAUUUUCUUAAGAAAAAUCGGUACUUUUUGUUGAAUGAAAAAGGUGACAAAGUUGAGGAGCAGCUUGGGGUUGUGAGAACCAAUUGUAUUGAUUGUUUAGAUCGUACAAAUGUUACCCAGAGCAUGAUUGGAAGAAGGAUGUUAGAAAGCCAACUUCAACGAAUAGGAGUUUUUAGUGCUGGUGAAACCAUUAGCACACAUCCAAAUUUUGACAAAAACUUUAAACUUUUGUGGGCUAAUCAUGGAGAUGACAUAAGCAUUCAAUAUUCAGGAACUCCUGCAUUGAAGGGAGAUUUUGUUAGAUAUGGCAAGAGGACAAUCCAAGGAAUAGUGAAAGAUGGAUGGCAUGCCCUUGCUCGAUACUACCUUAAUAAUUUCUGUGAUGGCACAAAACAGGAUGCUAUUGAUCUUCUGCAUGGGCACUAUAUUGUCUCUGUCAGUCGGGAUAUGACUUUUCUACCUCAAAGAGGAAAAUAUGAGGAUCUAGCUUCCCUUCCACUGGCUUUGGCAUUAGUUUUUCUUGGACUUUUCUUUGCGACUAUGUCUUUGAAGCAAGUUGGGCAUGAUAUUCACAAUUUAUUCUUUUCUCUUCUCUGGGCGAGCCUGAGUUUGUCCAUAUUAGCAUUUGUGCGAGCCAAUGGUCGGUUCUUCUGCAACCGCCCUCGUUUGAACAGGCCACUAUGAUGAUGACAGAUUAAAGGACCUUUUGGUUUGUGAUAUAUUUUGCCUUAUUGCAGUUGCAUUUCAUUGUAUUUAUUCAACAUUAUUUCUGUAACCUUGAUUUGCUUGAUGCACCCAUUGGCUAUUUCCGAGGCGAUAACCUAUUUGGUAGUUUAUGUUGGUUUGGGAAUUUUCACCCAGUUGUAACUACAGAAAUAAAAGAAUACUUACUGUGCCAUUUUUGACUGCAUAGUUUAUAGUUAUGGUAUCACUCAGUUGGCUUUGGGGUAGGUUUUUGUGAGUAGUGAGUACCCACAUCCAUUUGAAGCUAUAUGUACCUGUAUGGACUAUGGAGUUCACUCUUUUGAAGCCUCACCACUGGUGAGGGGUUCAAAGGGAUUCCAUGUGCGUCGUUGAAGGACAUUUUGAUUGAUAUUGGGCACCACUUCUAAUUAAUCUAGACUGCUUUUUCAUUCUA